GCGAUUCAUUCCAAACUUAAAAAUCACUGUUAUUGAUUUACUCUAUUCUAUACUAUUUUCAUAUAGAAAGAUAUUCGGCUACGGAAACCUGGCCAUUCAUGUUUUUUAUAAUCCCAAAUUAUCGCCAUUUCGCAUAGAAAAACAUGACUUCGAAUGGCCGCGCAGCGCCCGUCGUCAUCGCGGGAGAUACAGCUGCAGUCUCGCCCACCCGGCAGACGCCCGAUUCUAUUGUCGUAAAGGGAUUUAAGAUUUCGACUCAGAAGCUCCCCAUACUCAAGGCAGAGCCCAUUGAAACUAUGACAAAAGAUCUUGGCAUCGCUCCUCCAGAAAUGAUAUUUGGCGAUAACUUUGUUUCGAUUGAACACGAAAAAAGUGGAUGGAAAAUCAAUUUUAACGCAUUUGAUGCGUUAGACCACGUGGAUAAGACUGGAGAGUCUAUGCUCAAGGUAGCGUAUUCAAGAGAAUGGCAAAAGAGCAGAGAGACAACUCACGAAGGUAUAAAGGAGGUUGUCAAGCCAUUUGACUGGUCGUAUAGUACAGACUACAAAGGAACCGUUUUGUUUGCCCAAGGUCACGACUUUGAAGAGGCCUCAACUCCUAUACCGAUAGAAUUACUUAAACGCCCCGACCCAAUAUUGUUCUUCGACGACGUAGUACUAUACGAAGACGAGCUGGCCGAUAACGGGAUUACUAUGCUGUCAUGCAAAAUCCGUGUUAUGCCAGACAGACUUCUCCUUCUGUCAAGGUUUUUCAUGAGAUUGGACAACGUUCUCUUUCGGCUUCGGGAUACAAGGGUCUAUGUCGACUUUGACACGUCCGAAAUAAUAAGAGAGUAUCAGGCCAGAGAAUGUGAAUAUGAGACAGUCCGGCAGAACUUGGCCAGCUCACGAGAUGAUAUACCAGCGAUCAUGAGAGACGCCAACAGACUUUCUGAACUUCUCCCCGUAAUAGAUAAGCGACUAGAGCGAGUCGUUCUCGGUGAAUAAUUCAAAAAGGCGAAAUCGUAUUCGUACUUCGACUACAUACUUUACCGAGCAUAAAGGUGCGAGGGACUGCUCGGCGGCUUGAAGACACUCGGAAGCAACCUAUAUUCAGACGCUCAUCUGCAAUCCUUUUACUGAUACUAGGAUUAUUAAGGACGAUGGGUACCUGUUGGUGUCCAGGUACAUAAACCGGCGCCGCUUCCCACGCUUGGUUAGCUAGUAACUCCCCGACCCAUUGGUAUGGUACCCUACACGGCAACAUUAGGUUGAUUUCCUUUGACCGGCCAAUGAAGCAAUAAGGCCAAAGUUCAGUGGGAGAGCUUAACCCCCUGUGUGUAAAUACAUACGAUAGAGCAGACAUCUUUUCCUUGAGAAAUCAAAGCCAGCUAGCAGUUGGACCUACCUUGACUUCUUC